AUGAAGCGCGCCGCUCACGUUCUCACCGCUGGCCUGUCUGCUCAGGCAGGCCUGGCUCAAGUCAGUGUCCCGGACAACUUCAAACCGGGAGUCAAGUGGCAGAUUAUCAUCCAAAAUACCCUCGACAUUUCAAAGCCUGUGAACCCCACCGAUGCGGUAGUUUGGGAUCUCGACCUUUACCAUGUCGCGAGGACGCCUGAGAUUGUAAACCACCUCAAGUCCAACAACCCCGACACCCUCCUCAUCUGCUACUUCAACGCGGGCCUAGCCCAAGUAAGCGACUGCGACUACGCCAAAUGGGAAGCCAGCGGCCUGCUCGGCAACAUCUACGACCCUUCAGAACCCGAAUUCUCCGACGAGCGCUGGGUCAACAUCAAGAACCAAACCGCGCGCGACUGGAUGAAAGCGCGCAUCACGCUCGCCAACACCCUCGGCUGCGACGCCGUCGACCCAGACAACAUCGACGGCUACGUCCGCGACGAAGACCCCGACACCCCAGCCAACGAAGGAACCGGCUGGUCGCUCGCCGAAUCCGACUACGUCUCCUUCGUCACCGAGCUCGCUGCCCACGCCCACAGCCUGACCACCGCCCGCGGCCAUUCCUUACUGAUCGGCCAAAAGAACGCGCCGGGCCUUGUCGACCAGCUGAGCGAGAUCCUGGAUUUUGCCGUGCUGGAGGACUGCAAAUCGCUCAACGACGCCGAGGACACGCCGUUUUGCAAGGAUUUCCAAGCGUACAUCGCCAGUUCCACCCCAGCGGGCGGGAAACCGGUCUUCAGCAUCGAGUACCCGAGUUCGAUAGGUGAUGAAAAUGGGAAGUGUAGUACCAAUGGAGCAAACGACGAGCAGUAUGCGGCGUCGUGUGAUGCGACGAAGGGCAAUGAAGGGUUCAGCACGGUGUUGAAGAUCCAGGGGGGUGAUGGCGAGUUGAAUGGGUGCACGCAGUAUUGUGACGGGGGUAAGCCGAAGACGGGGGUGGUCGUGUCGCCUACGGAUCCGGAGCUUGAUGGGCGCAAGUGUCCGGCUAAUGCUACUAAGAAGUGUUAA